AUGGAUGGGUUUAGAGCCAUUUUUAGGACAACUCUGGUCUUUGUGGCGGUGGAGUUGUGUCUCGUUUGCUGUGAUAUAACGGACGGAAACGCCGAACACCUGAAAAGGGAGCACUCGCUGAUCAAACCCUACCAAGGUGUCGGCAACAGCCCGUCCAGCCAGUGGGACUUCUGGGGGAGCACCUUGGUCACCAGUUCGUACGUCCGCCUCACGCCCGACGAGAGGAGCAAGCAGGGAUCCAUCUGGAACACUGUGCCCUGCUACCUGAAGGACUGGGAGAUGCACGUGCAGUUUAAGAUCCAGGGAUCGGGGAAGAAGAACCUGCACGGCGACGGAAUCGCCAUCUGGUACACGAAGGACCGGCUCCACCCAGGAUUUCCCAGUCCCAGCCCAGAGGUCCGGAUGCCCGCCUACCCCCGGGCCCCCGCCGGGCCCCGGAGGCGCCUCGGCCCGGCGGCUCACGCGCGGCCCCUCCCUCUCUGCCUCCACCCAGGCACCGUGUUCGGGAGCCAGGACCAGUUCCUGGGCCUGGCCAUUUUCCUGGACACCUUCCGCAACGACCUGCACGGGAUGGACGUAAGGCCCGUGUUCUCCAACAACGCCCACUUCCACGGGCUGGCGGUUUUUAUAGAUACGUACUCUAACGACGAGGCCGUGGACCGCUCCUUCCCCUACAUCUCGGCCAUGGUGAACAACGGCACGGUCAGCUACGACCACGGGAAGGACGGGCGCUCGUCGGAGCUGGGGGGCUGCUCGGCGGAGAUCCGGAACCGGGACCACGACACCUACCUGGCCAUCCGCUACUCCAAAGGGAGGCUGACCGUGAUGGUGGACGUGGAAGACAAGAACGAGUGGAAGGAGUGCAUCGACAUCGGAGGCGUCCGCCUCCCGACCGGAUAUUUCUUCGGAGCCUCUGCAGCCACAGGAGAUCUGUCAGGUUUUGAGCUCGACGUGAGACGUCUUGUUCCAGAUAACCACGACAUCAUCUCCAUGAAGCUCUACCAGCUGAUGGAAGUUUACAGCGGCUUGGUUUACUCCAACGGGAGCCUGUUAGCUUAG